AUGGUGGGUGCAGACGCACUCCAGCACCGAGGUCCCAUUCCCUGCGAGCAGAGCCGCCAGCGCGGCAACCACUCCUGCCGGAUGCAUUGUCUGCUGUCGACACUGGGCAGCAGGCAGAGGCAGUGCGCGUCGCAGGCAGCGCAGCCUCGAUAUAACGACGAGAGGCUCCCCGCAGAGCAGAGAGGCAGGAGGCUGAUCCUGGUGACUGAGCAGGGAGCAGUGGGGGAGAUGAGGGCGCUGCUCGCCGUGGGUGCCGACGUGGUGGCGAGGGGUGGGGCGAGGGGGUGGACCGCCCUGCACUUCGCAGCAUCCAGGGGAGACGUCGAGGCGACACAGCUGCUGGUGGAUGCGGGGGCGGCUAUGGACGCCAGGAUCACCUGGGAGCAGUGGACGCCUCUGCGCGUGGCUGCGGAGAGGGGCAGAGCCGCUGUGGCGCGGCUGCUGUUGCGGGCUAACGCCGACCACAACGUCAGGGAUGGCAGUGGGUGGACGCCGCUGCACUUGGCUGCACGCUGUGGCAACGCAGAAGUGGCGGCUGCCCUGCUCGAGGCGGGGGCCGACAGGGAUGCAACAACUGGUGACAGUGGGGCCACAGCAGUGGACCUCACCAGGGAGAACAAGGACAGUCGGCUGAUGGAGAUGCUGUCAUGA